AUGUCGGCAGCGCAGUUGCUAAACCCCAAGGCGGAAUCCCGCAGGAGGGGUGAGGCGCUCAAAGUUAACAUAUCUGCCGGCGAGGGCCUACAACAGGUUCUAGCCUCCAAUCUGGGUCCUCGAGGAACCCUCAAGAUGCUUGUCGACGGCGCCGGUGCAAUUAAGCUUACAAAGGACGGCAACAUCUUAUUACGAGAAAUGCAGAUACAAAACCCCACCGCCGUGAUGAUUGCACGCGCAGCAACAGCGCAGGACGACAUUACUGGCGACGGCACAACAUCGUGUGUACUCCUCAUCGGCGAACUCCUGAAGCAAGCCGACCGCUACAUCUCCGAAGGCCUACACCCCCGUGUCAUCACCGACGGCUACGAGCUCGCCAAGGACGAGGCGCUGCAGUUCCUCGACAAGUUCAAGCUCGAGAAGGAAGUCGACCGCGAACUCCUCCUUUCCGUCGCCCGUACAGCCCUCGCCACAAAACUGAAUGCUUCGCUCGCCGAACAGCUUACGCCAGACAUCGUGGACGCUGUCCUAGCCAUCUACAACCCACCCGAAAAACCAGACCUCCACAUGGUGGAGAUAAUGACCAUGCAGCACAGGACAGCCGCAGAUACACAGUUGAUCAGAGGGUUGGCGCUGGACCACGGCGCGCGGCAUCCGGACAUGCCGAAGCGAGUAGAGAACGCCUACAUCCUAACACUGAACGUCUCGUUGGAGUACGAGAAGUCCGAAAUCAACUCCGGCUUCUACUACUCCUCUGCUGACCAGCGCGAGAAGCUCGUAGCCAGCGAGCGACGCUUCGUGGACGAAAAGUUGCGGAAGAUCGUAGAGCUGAAGAAGGAGGUCUGCGGGAACGAUCCGAAGAAAGGCUUCGUCAUCAUAAACCAGAAGGGUAUCGAUCCGCUGAGUCUGGACGUGCUGGUGAAGAAUGGCAUCUAUGCGCUGAGGAGAGCGAAGAGGAGGAAUAUGGAGAGGCUGCAGUUGAUUUGCGGAGGCACAGCGAUGAACAGUGUUGAUGACCUGAGUAAGGAUAUCCUGGGCUGGGCGGGUACCGUCUACGAGCAUCAGCUGGGAGAGGAGAAAUAUACCUUCAUCGAGGACGUGAAAGAGCCGAAGUCGGUUACGCUGCUUAUCAAGGGCCCCAAUCAGCACACAAUCACGCAGAUCAAGGAUGCGGUAAGAGACGGGCUUCGCAGUGUGUACAACAUGAUCGUGGACAAGAGUGUGGUGCCGGGCGGAGGCGCGUUCCAGAUCGCCUGCGCUGCGCAUCUCAAUAGCGAGGGCUUCAGGAAACAGGUAAAGGGAAAGGCGAAGUACGGUGUAUCAGCGUUCGCGGAUGCUCUGUUGAUCAUCCCGAAGACGCUGGCGGCGAACUCUGGUCACGACAUACAAGACUCCUUGGCGCUAUUACAAGACGAGUACGCCGAGGGUAAUGUCGUUGGUCUCGACCUGACAGAAGGAGAGCCCAUGGAUCCCAUUCAGCGAGGCGUGUUUGACUCAUUCCGGGUUUUGCGCAACUGUAUAGCUUCGAGUACAGGCAUCGCGUCGAAUCUGCUCUUGUGCGACGAGAUGCUGAAAGCAAGGCAGAUGGGCCGGCAAUCGGAGCCCGGCGGCGAGUCGUAG